AUGAUGUUUAAGACUUUCGCUUUAUCUGCUGCUCUUGCUGGCUCCGCUUACGCUAAGGCUAAUGCCCUCCCUGAAGCCUAUGCCAUUGCUAUGGCCAAUCCUCAACUUCCUGGCUCUUCCUAUCAAUGCCAUUCUUACUGUGGCAAUGCCAUCAUCCAAGGCCGUGAGUGCGCUGAUGGUGAUGCUACUUGUCUCUGUGCUGCUGACUCCGGGUUCAUGCAACUCAUUCCUGACUGUAUGGCCUGCGCUGACACUUUAUGGUCUGCAUAUGGAUCUUACUUGACACCCUUCCUCAACACAUGUAACAUUGCUCUUACUCCUGGUACUUACUCUAUUCUUGCAACAUCGGCCGCUGCUGCCACUUCAUCGGCUGCUGCUGCCACUACGACACCUGAGACCAGCUCUGCGGCCCCCACUUCUUCAGCAGCUCCUACAUCUACUGAGGCCCCCACUUCAUCUGCUGCUGCCACUUCUUCAGCAGCUCCUACAUCUACCGCAGCUCCCACUUCAUCUGCUGCUCCCACUUCUUCUGCUGCUCCCACUUCAUCUACUGCUCCCACUUCAUCUGCUGCUCCCACUUCAUCUUCUAUUUCUUCUUCUGCUGCCUACAAUUCUACUGCUCCUUCCCAGGUCACCUCCACUCCUCCUACUUCCCUUGAACAGGUUAACGGUGCUGCUGCCUUCCAGGCCGGUUUUGGCGCUGUUGGCGCUGUUGGCGCUGGCCUCCUUUUUGCUCUUUUCUAA